AGUAGUGGAAGAGAUAGAGCAGAUCAGUUGUCUUACUAAGAACAUAGCAGGAGGAACAUAGUCAAAAGAGUACGUCAGUGUUGAGCGUGCGCGUUCAGUGGCGUCGUGUUCUUCUCUCCGGUGUAUACAGCAGCUAAAUAUCAGGACGAUCCGGUUGCGCGACAAAACAGCUGGACAGUAGACUACCUCGCCGUUUUACGUGAACUGAAACAAGCAGCGUCGGUUUCGACAUCCUGUGAAAAAAAAGAAACAUCAAGAAAAAGCAGCAGUGAACUCACAACCAGUGCGUAAAUUCGUGACAUCCGGAAGCAUAUAUAGAGUCAGCCAGUCUUAGGAAUCAUAAAAGAAUCUGAACAAGACCAUCACGGAGAUUCUUCGAUCUAGAGACUGCUAUCAGGAUCCUCUACGGGAGAUACUGCUCUCAAAGGACGGAGGACGCUAACGCGCAAGGUUAGGUCUCGCACGAACGAAUUAUUUUGAAUGAGGCUGUUCGCAAAAUCGUCAAAAUUGACAGGAUCGCGAGAAUGGCAGGUGGCGUCCCUAGCGGAAAGAUGAGGCGAGUCCUCGUCUUUCUCGUACUAAUAACUGGGGUCCUCCUGAUAGCAAUGUACGCCCAUGCACCGACUCUAGUCUCCUUGCAGCCAUUUACUGCACGAAGUUUCAAGGAAUUACGUCAGCACUUGGUCACCUUCUUGGGCGAUAAUCGAAGCGCCGAGAUUCCUGGCGUUCAGCUUUACGAAUUCUUGAACGAUUCUAGAACCUUCCAAAGCCCCUGGUCUUGGGCUUGCGUAGCAGGACGAUGCGAGAGGAGAGCAGUUAGGUCUUCCAGGAUAUCCUUAGCUACCUGUACAGCCCUCUGUGGCGGAAGUACCCGUUUGAUCUGGCCAAGACCAACCGGAAACAUUAUCCUUGGAGAUGACAGCACCGUCUUUCAUCUUCAACAAGUCGCCAUGAUAACAGUAAACACGAGUGAUCAGAGUGUAAAAAAUCUUUUAGAGCACGCCAAAGUCAUUUUCCUAAAUAACAUUAAAAGUCUCAUCAAGGUGCCAAAUUCUAAAGGCAGAGCAGGCGUGGACAAUUUUGUCAUCUAUCUCAGUGCACCCGGUACCCAGGGUGGCGCAAAACUUACUCUGGAGACGGACGAGUCUUAUAAACUUGAGGUUUUACCAAAGGGGAAGCUUCUAGAGGCCAGGAUAACUGCAAAGAGUUUCUAUGGAGUUCGUCAUGGCUUGGAAACCCUGAGCCAGAUGAUCUGGUGGGACGAGACUGCAGGACGUCAGGGUGCACUGCGUGUGAUUUCACAAGCUAUCAUCGAGGACAAGCCUAUGUUUGCCUAUCGUGGUUUAGUUGUGGACACUGGACGACAAUUUUUUCCUAUAGAAGAGCUGAAGAGAGUCGUCGAUGGGAUGGCUGCGUCCAAACUCAAUACAUUUCAUUGGCAUCUGACAGACUCCCAAAGUUUUCCUUUUGACUCCGUUCAGUUUCCGGAAAUGGCACGGUGGGGUGCCUACAGUGGGGAUCAGGUUUACACAUCCGAAGACGUGAAAGAGUUUGUAGAGUACUCCAGGGUGCGGGGUGUAAGGGUACUAAUAGAAAUUGAUUCUCCUGCUCAUGCAGGUGCUGGAUGGCAAUGGGGUGCAGAACAUGGAUAUGGAGAACUAGCCUUGUGCGUGGACCAACAACCAUGGUCAUCUUAUUGUGGUGAACCUAAUUGUGGUCAACUGAAUCCCAUCAAUGAGCAUUCCUACAGAAUCUUGGAAGGUCUCUACAGAGAGCUUCUGGAUCUGACAGAGGUCCGAGAUAUCAUUCAUUUAGGUGGCGAUGAGGUUAAUAUGGAUUGUUGGGCACAGUACAGUAACAUAACAGCAGCUAUGCAAGCCCAGAAUAUAUCAGAUCAUCAUGUCCUUUGGGCAGAAUUUGAAAAUAAACUUUAUCGAAGGCUGAUCAAGGCAAAUCGUGAUGAGACACCCAAGGCAGUAAUACUCUGGAGUUCACCACUCACAAAGAGGCCAUAUAUUAACACAUACUUCGAUCCAAAAACAUUUGUGGUACAAAGCUGGGGUGGCAGCAACUGGCCAGAGACACCAGAUCUCCUUGAGGAUGGCUUUAGGGUGAUCCUAUCCCACGUAGAUGCCUGGUACCUUGACUGUGGGUUUGGUAAAUGGCGAGAAACCGGUGAAGCUGCCUGCGGGGAGUAUCGUACUUGGCAAACAGUGUACAAUCACAGGCCAUGGCAGGUGUAUGCCCAGCAACAAAUAAGCCUUGUCCUUGGUGGUGAGGCUGCCAUUUGGAACGAGCAAACCGGUCAAGCUUCUUUGGGACCUCGACUAUGGCCCAGGGCGUCAGCUUUUGCUGAGAGGUUAUGGAGUGAUCUGCCGACCAACGGUUACUCCACAGAGGAGAACGUCUACACGCGUCUGGCGGCGCACGUGGAGCUUCUCUUGGCAAGAGGACUCAAGACGGAAGCUGUAUGGCCGCAAUGGUGUUCCCAGAAUCCUGGCAAGUGCCUCUGACCGAGCACCAUAUGGAAUGUCCUGAUGGAUGGGCAUUAAUUGAGUGUGACAAACAAAAAUCCUGCCCCGUGGAAGAUACCGAAGUCAGUAUUCUAGAAUGCAAGCCUCUAGAAUCAAUCAAGACUAGGAAGUUUUUCGAUUGUUCUCUUCGGAGCAACAUGGUAGCUGGUCUUUGUCAAGAUUACAGUGAGAAAGUAACAAAAAGUCAGAUAAUGGAGCGUUUGGACUUUCUAGGUAGGUAAAUUAGAUAGAAGAAUUACGGGAUAGGCUCUCGUACGCGAGCGCUCGACUAUGACGUUUACAAGAGGAAAAAGUGGGUAGAUAACAGAAACAAAGAAUUCUCUAGGUCCCAAAGGGAAAAGUAAAAGUAUGUCCUCUGUCGUAGCGUCUCUCGUUGUACAUAAAUACCAUCUUCUUGGAGUGCAUUACAAUUCGUAUGGUUAUUGUCAUAAAACCGAAUAUGGAAGAUAUUUAAAAACUCGCUAGUUACCACCACAGGAUCCAAGAAGGGGCACUUUUAGCGGGAGCUUCAUUUUAUAAGUUACAAACAAGUAAUACAAAAUGGUGGCGUCAAGUAGAGUGGUUUAUAGUUGCAGCCAUAGAGAUUCCUUCGCUUUAGCAUGUAAGGAACAGCCCUUAGUGACGUAUCUGAUUAAUAUUUGUCCCAUUAGACAAAAUAUUUUAGAAAUAUUUUCCAACAGGGCGUUGCGACAGCGUGUUGCCCAUUCGCGAAGGAAACGAUAUAUCGACGUGUGUAUAGUGAAAGUGUAUCACUUCCGUGUGCAUGCUUGGUAUAUGGUGUGUGUUAUGCAUGUAAGAUUACCUAGAAUUUACAGUGCGGUAUCGUUUGUGAAGUCUUGUGUGAAAAAUAGUAACAGAAAAUGAAGACAGUAUCUAUUUGAAAUGACACGAUAUACAUAUGUAAAUUAUAUAAGCACAUUAGCGGCCGUCCAUGUCUUUUUUAGUUACUUUUCGUUCAAAGUGCCUUUGAGGUUCUUGUUUUUGUCGCUUAUUUCCAAAACUGCGGUGCGCGUGUGUGCUCUUGUACGAGUGUUGUGUGUGUAUGCACAUUAUACGUUGCGUGUAUGUUCCUAGAGAGAAACAAAAGUAGCGUAUCGAGAGUGCAGUUCAACGAGACCGUACUGCAGCUCGGUAGACGCACUUAGAGAAGUGUAUAACAGUCAAGUGUAUAAAAAUGAAUUUAGAAAAUGAUACGAAUUUGAAAUGAUGGAUUAGCGAUUAGAAAGACUUUCUAUCUCUUGGAAUUUUUUUUUUAAAUAAUUGUUUGAAUCAAACCUGAGAUUGUUUUAUGUGUGGGGCAUUUCUUGAAAAGAACUUUUUUGUUGCCCUCUACAAAAUCUAAUGAGCGCUGUAACGUUCCUUGAUAGAAUUCAAGACGGCCUGCAAUUAUACUGCAAUAAAGAAGCUUUCGAGCCAAGGGCACGCGUGAUAUAUUAAAAUAUUAAAUUUAUGAUUAAUUAAGGUUAUUAAUUUAGUAAGAAAAAGAGAAAUAAAGUUAUAACAAGGCGCGUUCACUGAGGUAAAAAAGUUUAAACACAAAGGGCACGCGCAACGUAGGGAAUUUAAAAAAAAAGAACACCCAAACGAGUUUAGGGAAAGCAGGGAUGAUGGAUCAAUGUAAAUAUUAUACAAUAAUAAGCAACGGACUAAUGAAGGAUGAGUCCUAAUGCGUACUUAUUAAUACUUAUUGACAUCGAUGGCUGUAAGUGGAUGUAAUUCUGAACAAGUGCUUUUGAAAGUUUCAAUGCGUUAAGUUCGAGAUCUAUAGGGCACGGACAUAUUUAAAUAAAUAGUAAACACGUCUGAGACGUUUAGGUUUCAUAAAGGGAAACUUAUCUGUCUUUUUUGUAUAAUAUAUGGUUUCUUUUUGAAAAAAAAAAAAUAAAAAAAUAAACGAAGUAUGGAUUGUUCUCCGACGUUCGAAUGCAUUCGUAACUACAAACGAGUUUUAUGAAUAGGCGUACUUAAAAAUAAGUGACAAACAAAUAAUUACACGGACGUUACGUCGGAACCACUGACUUGGCAAUAGUGUCACAUCACGCGUUUACAUUUUGCAAUAAUUCACCGAGUGACAUUGCAAGAUAAGUGCUAUAAAUAAUUUUCAUGGUACAGUGGCGUUUGUUAUAGCUUAAUUGAAAUUUGAAUCUGAACAUUGGGUAUUCCGAUACUAUUGUAAAAUGAAAUCACAUCAAAGCAUGUAUGAGAAUUGAUGCAUGAUGAUAGAACUAUUACGAUUUAGAAGAGACAGAGCUAAUAUUAUAAAAUACUGGAGGAUGUAUAACGUAGUAUUUUAUGACCAAACAGAUCGUGAAACAAAAAAGUAUUAUUCUCGCGUUUAGAAGUUAUCGGCAGACCACAGACCUAUUUGGUACGGUCGAAGUUAUACGGUGCAGUUCUGUAUCAGCUUAUACUUUUGUUGUAUAUGUAGUUACAUGUAAUUAAUUUGAAAUGAAGAAAACAAGCGCCUUUUUGUCAAAAUAUCACCUCCAGGCAUUCUUAUGGAUACAUAUGUAUUCACUGAUAUUGAAAUAGUCAAUGUAUUAAUAGCCGUUCAAUGACGUCACGACCUAUUUCCUAGGGAAAAAAUAUUACUCUGUUACGAAAUGUGAAUUAUAAAGGUUUAAUAUAAAGUGAAUUUUAAUACAA